AUGAGGAUAUUGCAGAAGCAAACCCAAAUUAGAGAGAGAAAGGAGCAGUGAAGAGAGUCUAGAGAGAGAAAGGAGCAGGGAGUCUAGAAUAGAAAGUACCUGCAGAGUCUAGAGAGAGAAAGGGACAGAGAGGAGAGAGAAAGGCAUUUGCAGGAGAGGCACACAGAGAAGGGAGAGACACCGAGUCGUACACGGCUAGAGAGAGGAGGAAGAAACCCUACAAGAGCUUCUUCGUGCCCCUCUGUAUUUUUUCUCCCUCUCUUACAUGGACACAGAGCAUAUACAGUAAGGGCUCCUGCGCGUGACUCUGUUUCUGCGUCCUGCACGCAGGAAGUGUUUUUGGACUCUGAGACUUGUCAUGAACAAAGCUUGUUUUUGGUUUGUUUAUGGAUUGAAAAGGGCGAUAAAUCGUGAUAUUUCUUGUAGAUCUUUGCUUUGGCCGUGCCGUUUGCCUGGAAAUUAGGGUUUUCUGGAGCAUUUAAUGGAGAAAGCUUAGGUUUGAGGCAAUUGUGGUGGAAAAGCUAGAAAGAGCAUUGAUAGUGAGAGGAAGACAUAGGGUGUUUGCUUCUUACUGUUUGUACACCUCUGACGUUAUGGUGUUGGAUUGUUGGGAGCUUUUUAUCUAGUCUUAGUGUUCCUUUGUGUUUUGUUAAGUUUGACAGAAGUAUAAUACAUGAUAAGGAGAAUAAUUAUCGAAAAGGGCACAGAGGACAAACUUACCUACCAUGUUUAUGUACGCUAAUAUUAGUAAAGAAAGGAGCCAGGGCGUUUAUCUGUAGCACUUGAAGCGUUUGGAAUUGUUUUACGAAGGUCAAGAACCAUAUAGAAGAGGUUCAGCGAGCAAAUAAGAGCAAGGACGCUCGAUUUUGGGUUCCUUUUGUUUGUUAUUGUGGGCUUUCUUGGCCGUUUCUUGUCUUAUCUUUGCACUGGAGCGGUUAGGGAUACCUGGAACUAUGUCUUCCUUGAGCAGGGAGCUUGUUUUUCUUAUCUUACAGUUCUUGGAUGAGGAGAAAUUUAAGGAAACAGUGCACAAGUUGGAACAAGAGUCAGGGUUUUUCUUCAAUAUGAAACACUUUGAGGAUCAAGUCCAAGCAGGCGAAUGGGAAGAAGUUGAACGCUAUUUGUGUGGAUUUACAAAGGUUGAAGAUAACCGCUAUUCCAUGAAAAUAUUCUUUGAAAUCAGAAAGCAGAAAUAUCUUGAAGCCCUUGACAGGCAAGAUAGGGCUAAAGCUGUUGAGAUUCUGGUAAAGGAUCUGAAAGUUUUUGCUUCAUUCAAUGAGGAGCUUUUCAAGGAGAUCACCCAACUCCUUACUCUUGAUAACUUCAGGCAAAAUGAGCAACUUUCCAAGUAUGGGGACACAAAGUCGGCUCGUACUAUAAUGCUUUUGGAGCUCAAGAAGCUUAUAGAGGCUAAUCCACUAUUUCGGGACAAGCUUGUCUUCCCAAACUUUAAAGCCUCUCGGCUUCGCACUCUGAUUAAUCAAAGCCUUAAUUGGCAACAUCAGCUUUGCAAGAAUCCACGCCCCAACCCAGAUAUAAAAACUCUAUUUGUUGAUCACACUUGUGCUCCUACUAAUGGAGCCCGUGCUCCCCCUCCUGCAAAUAGUCCCCUUGUGGGAGCAAUGCCAAAAACUGGUGCUUUUCCUCCCAUUGGUGUGCAUAGUCCUUUCCAGCCAGUGGUUUCUCCUUCUCCUAGUGCUAUUGCAGGGUGGAUGUCAGGUCCUAAUCCUUCUUUAGCACAUGGUGCUGUUGCGGCUGCUCCCCCUGGUCUUGUGCAGCCUAAUGCAGCUGCAUUUUUGAAGCACCCGAGGACUCCUACUAGCGCCCCAGGGAUUGACUAUCAAUCAGCUGAUUCGGAGCAUUUGAUGAAGAGAAUUCGUGCUGGCCCAUCUGAUGAGGUUUCAUACUCUGGGUCAACACACCCUCCAAAUGCCUAUUCACAAGAUGAUCUUCCAAAAACUGUUGUGAGGACCCUCAACCAAGGCUCAAAUGUCAUGAGCAUGGACUUCCACCCUUCACAACAAACUAUUCUUCUAGUUGGUACAAAUGUUGGUGACAUUGCAAUAUGGGAAGUUGGAUCACGUGAUAGGCUGGCUCAUAAGCCAUUUAAGGUCUGGGAGGUCUCAGCUUGUUCGAUGCCAUUACAGACAGCAUUGAUGAAAGAUGCUACAAUAUCUGUUAAUCGCUGCGUAUGGGGUCCUGAUGGAUCUAUCCUUGGUGUUGCAUUUUCCAAGCAUAUUGUUCAAACAUAUACAUACUCCUCGACUGGUGAGCUGAGGCAGCAUUUGGAGAUUGAUGCACAUGUGGGUGGUGUAAAUGAUAUUGCUUUUUCUCACCCCAAUAAGCAGCUCAGCAUAAUUACUUGUGGAGAUGACAAAACAAUCAAGGUCUGGGACGCUGUAGCUGGACGCAGGCAAUACAUAUUUGAGGGCCAUGAAGCCCCAGUUUAUUCUGUAUGUCCUCACCAUAAGGAAGCUAUUCAGUUUAUUUUCUCUACUGCUAUCGAUGGGAAAAUAAAAGCUUGGUUGUAUGACUACUUGGGAUCUCGGGUUGAUUAUGAUGCUCCUGGGCUUUGGUGUACCACAAUGGCAUAUAGUGCUGAUGGAACGAGGCUUUUCUCUUGUGGGACAAGCAAAGAAGGUGAAUCUCACUUAGUUGAGUGGAAUGAAAGUGAAGGAGCUAUAAAGAGGACAUACCUGGGGUUCAGAAAGCGUUCUUUAGGUGUUGUCCAAUUUGAUACUACAAAGAAUAGGUUCUUAGCUGCUGGAGAUGAAUUCCAGAUCAAGUUCUGGGAUAUGGAUAAUAUCAACAUAUUGACUACUAUAGAAGCUGAUGGUGGAUUGCCGGCUAGUCCUCGGCUAAGAUUUAACAAAGAAGGGUCCUUGUUGGCUGUUACAACAAAUGAUAGUGGCAUCAAGAUCUUGGCAAACCCUGAUGGGCAGAGACUGAUCCGGAUGCUGGAAAAUAGAGCCUUUGAGGGAUCCAGAGGUCCCUCUGAUUCCAUGAACGCAAAGCCUCCUGUUGUUAAUCCACUGGCUUCUGUUGGAAAUGUAACUGCUCCCCUUGCUGCUGUUCUUGAGCGCCCAGAGAGUAGGAUUCCACCUGCAGUAUCUAUGAAUGCCUUGAAUAAUUUGGACAGCAAUAGGACAUCUGAGGUUAAACCGAGAAUUUCAGAGGAUGUUGUGGAUAAGAUUAAAGGCUGGAAACUGUCUGAUAUUGCAGAUUCAUCACUGCUUAAGGUUCUUAGGUUACCUGAUCCUUUUUCAACAGGAAAGGUUGUUAGGCUCUUAUAUACAAACUCAGGAUUUGCUGUAUUGGCCCUUGCUUCUAAUGCCAUACACAAGUUAUGGAAAUGGCAGCGUAGUGACCGCAACCCAUCUGGAAAGUCUUCGGCAUCAGUAACUCCUCAGUUGUGGCAACCAGCAAAUGGGCUUCCCAUGACAAAUGACAUAGGGGACAUGAAUCCGGAAGAAUCGGCUGCAUGUAUAGCUUUGUCGAAGAAUGAUUCGUACGUUAUGUCUGCAUCGGGUGGGAAGGUUUCCUUGUUCAACAUGGUGGCUUUUAAGGUCAUGACGACAUUUAUGCCGCCACCUCCUGCAGCUACCUUUUUGGCGUUUCACCCUCAGGAUAAUAACAUCAUCGCCAUAGGGAUGGAGGACUCCACAAUUCAGAUAUAUAAUGUUCGAGUCGAUGAGGUGAAAGUUAAGCUCAAGGGUCACCAAAAGAGGAUCACAGGCCUUGCAUUUUCACAAACGCUGGGUAUCUUGGUCUCCUCUGGUGCGGAUUCUCAGCUUUGUGUGUGGACCAUGGAUGGAUGGGAGAAGAGGAAGUCAAGAUUCAUACAGUCCCCUGGAAAUCGGCCCUCUCCUUCUCCUUCGAGUGGGGAGACUAGAGUUCAGUUCCACAAUGAUCAGACCCAUCUACUAGUUGUCCAUGAGAGUGUCAUUUCAGUUUAUGAUUCAAAGCUCGAUUGCUUGCGCUCUUGGGCCCCACGAGACUCAUUACCGGCCCCCAUAUCUUGCGCUGUCUACUCUGGCGAUGGUGCAAUGGUGUUUGCUGGAUUCUGUGAUGGUGCGGUUGCUGUCUUUGAUGCAGAAGCAUUGAGGCUUCGAUGUCGUAUUGCCCCCUCUGCUUAUCUUCCUUCUUCUAUAUCCAGUGGCAGUGGCAUAUACCCAUCAGUAAUCGCUGCUCACCCAACUGAAGCUCACCAGAUUGCCCUUGGCAUGAGCGACGGCUCUGUAUAUGUGGCUGAGCCCCCAGAGUCUGAGCCCAAGUGGGGUGGUGGAGUCCCUUCCCCUCAAGAAAAUGGACCUCUUCCCUCUAAUUCCUCCCUUACUAAUCAGCAACCCUCUGAACCCUCUCAGAGGUGACCAUUCCCCUAAGAACAAUAUUAAAAGCAAGAAAUAGAUAGACAAAAAUACCCCUCUUUUUUGGAAGCCUGCUAUUUACAAGCUGGUGAACAUCUUUUCCAGCUCCCUGCUGAGAUGCAGGGUUUUCUCAUUUUUUUCAUUGUCGCUGGAAAAGUGUAAAAAUGGUCGCGGUCUCUGUUGAGAGAGAGAGAGAGAGAGUGUACAUGAAUAUGUUUUAGGAAGCUGCCUACCUUCGGUUAUUUUUUUUUAGUUUACAUUGUAUGGUGGUCACUCGUGUAUUGGAGGUGUGGCCGCGUAUAUUUUCUUAAGCGAUGUUCGUGACUGAAGGUUCUUAGAAUCUUUUCAGAUGUUUUGGUUAUUAGCCCUC